GGUGGGGAAGGUAGAUAUCCUUUUACAACCUUAUCUUUUGGAACAGCUCUUAGCAUCAUCUCACUCCUAUGUCUUAAGUCGCAAGUCCUAAGUUGCUCCUUUCUCUUACUCAAAAACAGCCUCAACUAUCAUGUCUGAUUGAGCCAUCAACACCAUCAACAUAACGUAAUGGCCGUAACUGCAAGCACAUUUUUCAAUCCACAAUUUCUUCACACGCGAGUUAGGAAUAAUAUAUGGACUUAUUUCAAUGGAAAUGUGAAGUCUCAGUUCCCAAUUCAUAAAUCAGAAUUUCAUCAUCGGAUUCACUUCUCACACCUUGCACCUAUACAUGCAACCUUGAAGGGCCCCAAGGGGUUUGGACCUUCCCCAAAGAAAAUGAAGAAGACUAAGAAGCUGAGAAAGGAUUAUGCAGAAGAUAAACAAGAAGAAGAUGAAGAAGAAGAAGAGGAAGAGGAAGAAGAGGUUGAUCGAGGAGUUAUUCCGGAAGUAGUGACCAACAGGAUGAUAAGCAGAAUGGGAUUCUCCGUGGGGAUUCCACUAGGUAUUGGGCUUUUGUUCUUCCCAUUCUUUUACUACCUUAAGGUUGGUUUGAAAAUUGAUGUGCCCACUUGGGUGCCCUUCAUUGUGUCCUUCUUCUUCUUUGGGUCUGCUCUCUUGGGAGUGAGUUAUGGGAUCGUGUCCUCCAGUUGGGACCCACUGAGAGAAGGGUCCCUUUUGGGUUGGAAUGAAGCCCAAAAGAAUUGGCCUGUUUUUUGGCAAUCCCUUAGGGGUGAAUCUCGGAAGAAUUAGCCCAUUGUUCAUCCUUUUAGUCUUUUCGUUUUUCCCCCUCUAUAUUAUAACUUGUCUUAAAAUUAUUUUGAUUUAUAGCUUCUGUUGUUAAGUUUCUAGAGAAGCAUAUUUUGUCUCUAAAUACAAAAAAUGUGUUAUGCUGGUCUUCAAAAUGUAGGUUUCUAAUG